GUGUGUGUGUGUGUUUGUUUGUUUCUCUGCGUGGGUGGGUGCGUGCAUGUCUCAGCCUUCAGAUCAUUCCUCGUCAAGGAGGACGUGUCCAAGGAGUUGGAGGAGAUGCACGCUGAGAAUCGGAUCCAGAACAUCCUACACAUGGCGUCCGUCAACAAGCUCCUGCUGAAUCCCGCCGUGCGCUGGCAUGUCAUCACUGUCGUCGUCACCAUGGCCUGCUACCAGCUGUGUGGCCUGAAUGCCGUAAGUGCCAGCUCUCAUCUCCGACAAUACAGUGGACUGUUCUGAGAAAUAAAGACAGACAGAUAGAGAUAAUGAAUAAGUAGGUUGUGGUGGUUAGAACUAGAAGUUUAACAAACUAUUGGAUUUUUUUUUAACAUAUUGAUCUGAGAAUGGAAUCACUAAUAAGUAGCCUGGUGCUUUGCAGUUGAGAUGGAAGUGUUAUUAAGUUGGUGACAGACAGGUAAUGAAAGUGAUCUUGGUUUUAAACACCAUGAUGCAUGGGAAGAAAAACUCCUACUGAUAGAUAAUAAUCCCCUUUCACAGACAAUAUGACAAUUUGUUUCAGUCUAGAUGUUAUUUGGACUUGCUGAGUUAUUCAUGCAAAGUUUAAUACAGCAAGAUUGGUUGCUAGGAUUUAUUGGAGUAUGCAAUCUGUUGCAUGCAGUGCCUUCAGAAAGUAUUCACACCCCUUGACUUUUUCCACAUUUUGUUGUGUUACAAAUUGGGAUUAAAAUUGAUUUAAUAUGCUUUUUUUUUCAACGAUCUACACAAAAUACUCUAAUGUCGAAGUCAAUUUUUUUAAAUUAUUGUUUUAAUUAAUAAUAAAUAAAUAAAAUAUAUCUUGAUUAGAUAAGUAUUCAACCCGCUGUGUCAUUACAUGUUAGAAUUACCUUUUGGCAGCGAUUACAGCUUUGAGUCUUUUUCGGUAAGUCUCUAAGAGCUUUGCACACCUGAAUUGUGCAAAAUUUUCCAUUAAUAUUUGUUUUUACUCUUCAAGCUCUGUCAAGUAGGUUGUUGAUCAUUGCUAGACAGCCAUAGAUUUUCAAGCCGAUUUAAGGAAAACCUGGUUCAGUCUGCUUUCCACCAGACACUUUGAGAUUAAUUCACCUUUCAGCAGGACUAGAACCUAAAACAAUAGGCCAAAUCUACACUGGAGUUGCUUACCAAGAAGAAAGUGAAUGUUCCUGAGUGGCCAAGUUACAGUUUUGACUUAAAUCUACUUGAAAAUCUAUGGCAAGACCUGAAAAAGGUGCUUCUACAAAGUAUUGACUCAGGGGUGUGAAUACUUUUGUAAAUUAUAUAUUUCAUUUUCAAUACAUUUUUACAAAUUUCUAAAAACAUGUUUUCAUUUUGUCAUUAUGGGGUAUUGUGUGUAGAUGGGUGAGAAAAUAUAUAUAUAUAUAUCUAAUCCAGUUUUAAUUCACACUUUAACACAACAAAAGGUGUAAUAACUCCUGAGUGGUGCAGUGGUCUAAGGCACUGCAUCGCAGUGCUAGCUCUGCCACUAGAGAUCCUGGUUCGAAUCCAGGCUCUGUCGUAGCCGGCCGCGACCGGGAGACCCAUAGGGCGGCGCACAAUUGGCCCAGCAUCGUCCAGGGUAGAGGAGGGAAUGGCCGACAGGGAUGUAGCUCAGUUGGUAGAGCAUGGCGUUUGCAACGCCAGGGUUGUGUGUUCAAUUCCCACGGGGGGCCAGUAUGAAAAAUAAAUGUAUGCAGUUACUAACUGUAAGUCGCUCUGGAUAAGAGUGUCUGCUAAAUUUAAAUGUAAAAUGAAUAAGUCAUGGGGUAGGAAUACUUUCUGGCAGUGUAUUUUCCAUGUUCUCUGCAUAUUCAUUUCCCACUCCUCAAGAAACGUCUUAUCUCCCAAAAAUGUACUUUUCAGGAUUAUUAUUAUAAUAUAUUUUUUCAGAUCUGUUGCCAUAUAGUCACAGAACUUCACUAAGUAUUUUUCCCAAGAAACUUCCAGCAUUAUGAAUGCGCUACCGGUGACUUUGCUGGGUGAUAGAAACACAACAGAGAAUAAAUGAUAUGCUAAUGACAGUGUAGGAGCAUGAGGGCUCACAAUGAAAAGGCUCAAUUAAGAUCAAUCCAAGGACACAGUUGACCAAGAACAAAAAGGAUGUUAGUGCUUCAUUAAAUCACUAAUCGACCUUUACACUGUAAUUGGCAUUAAAUUGGCCUUUCUUUCCGGCCCGUUAGACAGACAGGCGAUUGGGCUUGCCAUUCAAAGGACAGGGACGUAUCCAUAGAGAUACAAUAUUUAAGUGUUCUAUUUAAUUAUGUGGAUGUAUACUGGGACUCUGGACCUCAUUUAAACAACAGCAGCUAAUGUCAAAAGUACUUUAAUUUACUUUCAAAUAUAAACAUUCCAGUGCCACCAAUCGCUAUUGUCGGAAUGUGGUCAAUUUGUCCUACAAAUAAUUUUUUUGUAGGACAAAUAAUAAUUUCCAACCUGCAUUUGGGCAAGGUCCAUCUGAAGGUGUCAAUAAAUAAUGCAAAUGUUAAACGUAAUGGUGCAAAUCGGGGUUGAAUCCCCCUUGCUCCUGAUCUUGGCGGUUGGAUUGAUAUAAAUACCAGUCUUCUCUGCCUAUUCCAACUACCUGCUACUGGAAUGCUUUAAAUCAGGGUGGUUCUCAAUGGGUUGCUUCAAUUGGUGGACAAUUCUGAUGGGCAAUUUUGUGGGGUAUCAUUUAUUCAUAAGUAUUUAUUGAUAUGGGUGGUGCACAGAAAGAGACAUGCAGGCCAAAGCAUUGAUGUGGCCGGAAAUGUCCACACUUUUCAUUUGGGGGUUUCGGUUGAUUGUUGUUAUCUCUUGACAGAUCUGGUACUACACCAAUGGGAUCAUGCAGGACUCAGGCUUUGCAGAGAUCUUGAUCCCAUACAUCGUCCUUAGCACAGGAGGUAUUGAAACUCUGGCUGCCAUUGUGUCGGGGAGUACAAUCUCUCAGACAAUCUUAAAAACAACUAAAAGCUAA